CUCUAGUUAUUUAUUUAAAAAGUACCUACAUACUUUGAAACUCUUUUCAGAGGCUACUGUAGAGAAAUAGGGGACCAUAUAGGUAUGUACCUACAUGUACACGGCCUAAAAAGCGGCCGAGUGCGGAAACCGGGAUGACGUGCUUAUGCGUGCCGGCUAGCUGGAACCGAGCCGGUCCAGCGCCUGCGCCAGCGUAACAAAACUGCCCCGCCAAAAUUAUUAAAAAGUCCAUUUCCUACUCCGUCACAUACUAGGAAUUUAAGGUCCGACAGAAACCAUGUUCCGACACAGCGUGCGACGAAUAUCGACGACGGCGCGCAGGGCCGCGGCUGCUGCUGGUCCUGUGGUCGCGAAGCCCCCGAGCCCGCAUACGCUGGCCGUGUCUAAGGCGCAGGGCGUUGCGAAGGGGUUGACUGGAGCAAUCGGCAACACCCCCCUCAUCCGCAUGAACACGCUCUCCGAACAAACCGGGUGCGAAGUCCUCGGCAAAGCCGAAUUCAUGAACCCGGGCGGUUCCGUCAAAGACCGCGCAGCGCUCUACGUCGUCCUAGACGCCGAAGAGCGCGGACUCCUGAAGCCCGGGGGCACCGUCGUCGAAGGCACAGCAGGCAACACCGGGAUCGGGCUCGCGCACGUGUGUCGGUCGCGCGGGUACCGGCUCGUGAUAUACAUGCCGAACACGCAAUCGCAGGGCAAAAUCGACCUGUUGCGUCUGCUCGGCGCGGAGGUGUACCCCGUCCCUGCCGUCGCGUUCGAUAACCCUGACAACUACAACCAUCAGGCGAAGCGCCAUGCGGAAAGGUUGGAUAACGCGGUGUGGACGAAUCAGUUUGAUAACACGGCGAAUCGCAGAGCGCAUAUCGAGACCACGGGCCCGGAGAUAUGGGCCCAGACUGAGGGGGGAGUUGAUGCGUUUACGUGUGCGACGGGGACGGCGGGGACGUUGGCGGGGGUUACGAGGUUCUUGAAGGAUGUCUCGGGGGGCAGGGUGAAGGCGUAUUUGGCGGAUCCGCCGGGGUCGGUGUUGCAUUCGUAUAUUCAGUCUGGGGGGAAGCUCGUCGAGAGGAGUGGUGGGAGUAUAACGGAGGGGAUUGGUCAGGGACGCAUCACGGAUAACUUGGCUCCUGAUCUGGAUUUGUUGGAUGGGAGUCUGCAUAUUGCGGAUGAGAAGAGUAUUGGUAUGGUGUACCGGUGUUUAGACGAGGAGGGGCUAUACUUGGGUGCUAGCUCGGCGUUGAACGUGGUUGCUGCGAAGGAGGUCGCGGAGCUGUUGGGGCCUGGACAUACCGUUGUUACGAUGCUGUGUGAUGGCGCGUAUAGGUAUGCUGAGCGCUUAUUCUCGAAGAAGUGGUUGGAGAGCAAGGGCUUGCUGAGCGCGGUGCCCAAGGGAUUGGAAAGAUACGUCGUACUGCCUUGAGGAAAGCAACAUAAAAGGGGAAAGCGAAAUGAAGAGUUCUUGGUUCAGCUGGGCGAAGGCGUUUGAAUAGAUACGCAUAUGCAUAGGAGUCGGCAAGCAAGCAAGAUGUUAAAUAGGAGUUGCUUGAUAUGAUAGAUCGAGCAUGCCG